UUUUGUGAUUCUGUGUGUGAAAGCGAUUGUGAUUGGAUGGAAGUGAUAUUGGAUGCGCUAUGCGAAAGCAAAACGUAGAAAAAAUCAGUUAAUGUGUGCAUUAUUGAACGCGUGCUGAGUGCAAAUCCUACCAGUGCAGUGAUCCCGAAACGUGCAGCAAACGGCAGCGUAUGUGUGCUGCUUUGGCGCUAUUCGUUUGGCCGCGAUAUUCAAGGUUUUUUUUUGUUUCUCCGUGCUUGCCUAUUGCCCUCUCCACAUCAAUAACAAGCGUAACCUUCUGGUAGCAGCAGCAGCAGCAGCAGCGAUAGCGAAGAGUGUGUGUGCGCGCGCCAGAUUCUGGGUUAACAGCGAUAUUUCCGUCGGUCAAGCAAGCGGGAGCUCGGGUUAGCACCUUCUGGAAGGUGUGUGCGUAAUUUCCCCUUCCCCUUCCGCGGAUCGGUCCGAUGAGGUGUGCGUGCGGAGACAAAGUGCAUAUGCAAGAAGCUAUCACUAGUAUUACGCACCAUACAUCUCGCUCGUAGCAUCAUCAUCAUCGCGCGUAGUAGUCAAUGGCAGCAGCAGCAGCAGCAGCAUAACUAGUAGUAGAAGAAAAAAGCACACACUCUCACAUCCGGAACCCCCUCAUCAACCGAUGUUGUUGCUGGGUGCCCGUCCGUUCGUUAAAGUAGGUGCAAGCGGAGCAGUAGUGCGUUCGAGGUGCGAACAACCAUUGGCACAAGCCAGACAGAACGAUUUAUUUUGGAUUUCUGGCCAUCGAACGAGAGGCAGCUGAUUGUGGCUGUGUGACGUCGUGACUCGUGCAAAGAAUAAAUAUCGAAGGAAGAAGAAAAAAAAAACAACAAACGGUAUACCGAAAACGCGUGUUGCAUGUUUCGAAGUGUUGGUGAGUGUAUUCUAUGUGUGUGUGUAUCUGUAUGUGAAUGACCAUCGUGUGCGUGCGUGUGUUUAUUUUGGUGUUUUGACGGUGGCAAGCAAAACGGUGCGUGAUUUCGUAACACGACAAGCACGGCCCUAUCGCCCCAAUACAGCCCACAACUGUGAGAUAGUGAGUGAAUUCAGUGCAUUUUGUAUGUGUGCGUGCGGCGUGCAUUGUGAAACUAAACUAAUACCGUGAGUGCGAGUGAAAGCGCAUCGUACACACAAGCAAAGCGAAACAUCACUAUCAAAAGUGCGUGUGUUCCGUUGCGAGUGAGAACCCCUGUAUGUGUCGAUGCUUAUUGUGUGCAUGCCCUUGUAUGUGUGUGUGUGUGAGCGUGAAAGUAUUGUGUCUCAAUUAGCAUAAUUGUAAAACAUUAGUGGAAAAAGCCGUGUCGUGUCUGUGUUUGCGCGGUUUAACUUGCUGUUUUGAAACGAAAAUUCCUUUACCCGAGGGGCUCUUUUAGACAAGCGACGACGAAGCAAAUUGAUAACUCUUCUGCCGGGUGGAAGGAACAGAAACAACAAUUCCCGCGAAGGAACUGCCGUGCCCAAGGAUGACGAAAACUGUAACGAAACCGGCGGACACGACGGGCAAAGCCGGGAAGCCCGUCAAAGAGAAGCGAAGGAAUAAUGAAAAGCGCAAGGAAAAAUCGCGUGAUGCGGCACGUUGCCGGCGUUCGCGCGAGACCGAAAUCUUCCAAGAUUUGGCCAGUCUGCUCCCGAUGCGUCCGGAAGAGGUGGAACAUUUGGACAAGGCAUCCGUUAUGCGCCUAUCGAUCGCAUUCUUGAAGGCUCGUAAUAUGCUGGAACUCUUUCCAGAUUUCCAGUCGAAGGAGCAAAUUACUAUCAAGGAAGAUAACGAUGUUUCAAUGGAUUCUAUGGAGGAGUUUCAGUACAACGAAGCUAAGCUGAGCUUGAAAUCGCUCGGCCUCGAUCCGGAAACCAUUGCCCUGCAAACCCUCGACGGAUUUUUGAUCAUUCUUUCCGCGGACGGUGACGUGACGUACGUUUCGGAAAAUGUCAACGAAUAUCUUGGCAUUUCGCAGAUCGAUAUCAUGGGUCAACCAAUCUGGGACUACAGCCAUCAGUGUGACCAUGAUGAGCUGCGGGAGGCCCUGAACGGUCGCCACCAUUCACCGUCGGAGCUGCUGAACGGUGUGGCGAACAGCGACUGCCGGCCGAUGGAAAAUCGUGAUUUCUUCCUGCGGCUGAAGUGCACGCUGACAAGCCGCGGUCGCAGUGUCAAUAUCAAAAGCGCCUCGUACAAGGUGCUUCACGUAACCGGGCACAUUGCGUGCAAAGAUAAGGAGGGCCAGCGCCAGCUGGUCGCUAUCGCUCGUCCGCUUCCGCAUCCGGCCAACAUCGAGGUGCCGCUCGGUUCGAGCACCUUCCUCACGCAACAUACGCUGGGCAUGAAGUUCAGCUACGUCGAUGAUAUCAUGCUCUCACUGUUGGGCUAUAAACCGUCGGAUUUGUUGGGGAAAUCGUUGUACGACUGUCAUCAUGGUACUGACGCGGAGCAUUUGAUGUCUACAUUCAAGCAUGUCAUCAGCAAGGGACAGAGCGAAACAUCUCGCUACCGUUUCCUGGCAAAAACUGGUGGCUAUGCGUGGGUCGUGACCCAAGCCACCGUCAUAUAUGACAAGCAGAAACCGCACAGUGUUGUGUGCGUGAACUACGUCCUAAGUGGUGUGGAAAACAAAGAUGAAAUUUUGUCGUGCGCACAACUGGAAGCACGCCAGCAACUAUUGUCCCAAGAGCCAGACAAGUGUGCCGAAAGCAAUUGUAAUCAUAGUGUCGUGUGUAGCAGCAACAGCAACGAUCAGUUACUGUCAGUAGAACCAGCAGUGAAGACCGUUGUGCCAAUCGCUGCUGCCGUCGCCCAGCGCGCUGGACUAGUGGAAGAAGUGAAGGCAGAAGAAACAAUCGCAAUCCCGCCGCGUUCAAAUCUCGCGGAGCCAACCGUUGUUCCGUGCGUUAAGCUCGUCUCCAACAUCGGUGCUGAUCAGAACAACGGCAACGACGAGCUCCUCGCUAGUGUUGGUGACAAGGUGUUGUUGUGCGUAAAGAACGAUUCUCCGACGGUAGUGUCCGGCGAGCAACCGGUGCCGCUGCAUAGUCGCGCCCUGCGCGAGCUGAACACCGUACCAGCUACGGUGCCGCCGAAACCGGCAUCAUCGACGGUCAGCCGUCCCGUGUCGGUUACCGCUUCCAUCUUUACCAGCCUCCCGCCGGGAACCGGUGCUUCCGGGACCGCCGACAAGGCACGUGCGGUUAACAAACCAACCGGCUGGGGUACACCACAGUCCGUUACAGCGAAGCUGUUCGUAACGCUUCCUCCACCACCGGUUGGUGCUGGUAUUGGCGGGACUACUGCUGGACCCAGUGGCAGCAAACCUCAGCACGCCACCGAAAAAAUCUUCGCCCCCAGGACGGAAGAUAUGAAUAAGGGAUUCUUGAUGUUCUCCGAGGAAGAGCCUGGAUUGACCAUGCUUAAAGAUGAACCGGAUGAUCUAACGCAUCUGGCACCGACGGCGGGUGACGCAUGCAUUCCGUUGGAAGAAUCCGGCACCUUCUUCAAUGAGAUGUUCGAGGACUUCAUCAUACCGGACAGCUACACGCUGCUACAGGACGAGCUGUGUUCGCUCGACUCGCAAGACACACGACUAGACGCGUCCUCGAUCGUGGUCCACCCGGUGUCCACCAGCGACAGCCUCACCAGCAGCCUCAGCGUGGCCUCAGUCGCCACCCUACCGCUCGGUACUGCCGUCUCCGGAUCUGUGGACGGAGCGGCAUCCCUGGUCAGCAAUGCCGGUACGAUUGCGGGCAUUAACGGUAGCCAAACCCAGCAGCAGCACAACUACGCGCCAAGCUCGAGUGCGUCCGCCGCGUCCCCGUCGUCGUCGUCGUCGUCCAUAUCCGUGUCCUCAUCGCCCGUGCCAUCGUCACCGAGCAGAUCCCACAUUUCGUCCAACCCAAACUCGCCCUCCGGUACGUCGGGACUCGGUUCGUCCGCUUCCAGCACCGUUUCGACCGUGGACGGCCGUCGGCAUUCGAUGACGACCAUCGGCAGCAGCAAUCAUCAGCACAACGCCACCAGCAACGAUCCCUUCAUCAAUUAUCGGGACGAGGUGAACGAAGUUAGUCCCUCGCCGCAUUUACUGUCGCCCGGCAUAUCGAAGAGUCCCGAAAGCAGCAGCCUGCCGUCGCUGUGCAGUCCGAACGGUUCGCUGCCGGAAGAUGAACUUGCAUUUAUGAGCCUUAACAUGGACGAGCUCGACCUUUCGAUGCGGGCACCGUACAUCUCCAUGAGCGAAGUGGACGAUCUGCCACUGCUUACCUCGGACGACCUGCUGUGGGGUGUGCCGGCGGCCGCGAUCGAGGGUAACGCGACCGGCACAUCGAUCAGUGCGUUCGGUCUUUCCGGGAAGUUCUUCAUCAAGGACGAGUUCACCGCAAUCGGAUCGGCCGGGAACGGGACCGAAACCGGCAGCUCAUCUCUGGCGGACCCUUCAGCCGCUUCAUUGCCGCACACAGUACAACACUCCCUGCCGGUGGACAAAGAGCACAGUCUGCUGCUCAGUGCGGUAGUCGACACGAUUGCUGCGAAUGGUGCCGGCAGCGUGGCCAGCAGCAGCUCCGGUUCGAACGACCUGCCCGCCACAAACAAUAGCAAUAAUGACAGCAAAUCGACUGCAGCAUCGUCCGCUGCGUCGAUCGACUCUAGCCUGGCGGCACUGCUGUGCGGGGGUAAUGUCAUCAGCAUACAGUCGGACACGUCCAACCUAUCGCAACAGCAAUCGAUCGGCAAUCAGCUACUGAUAUCGCACACCAAUGCCGGAAGCCAGCAGGAACAGCGCCACAACAACCAGCCGCAGCCACAGCAAUCGCCCCUCCAGCAGCAGCAGCAGCAGCAAUCAUCGCUGAACGGUUCACAACAACGGCAGCAGGAGGCAGGUCCGAAGCGCAUCAAGCUUUCGGAACACAACCUCCUGCCCCACUCCAUGGUUGUGCUGCCGGCGAACGUAAAGCUAUGCGAUACUUGGAAGUUCGACGAUCUGCUACAGCUAAACGGCGGCAGUAUCAGUAUCAAUACAAAACCCGGUACACAGCAACAGCAGCAGCAGCAAGCGAUCGUGCCGCAGACAAACAUUAUCGCAUCGUUCGUCACGACCGCCGUCAAAAAGCCAUCCCCGGCCGGUGUCAACGGUAACAAUAAGCGCACCCUUGCCGGUGUUAGCGAAUCUGCCGACGACACGGCCGCCGGCAACAAUUGCAAGCGUCUCAAAUCGUCCAGCGGCGCCGGUCCAGCACCGUCGGCACCGCAGCUACUGCAGCAGCUAAUGGCACCGUCGCCGGUACCGCAGAAGCUCAAGUCCAAGUCGCGGUCCGCGCAGGACGGUGGGGCCGGUGGCCGCUGGCCGAAUGGGCACGCGGGCGGCAACGCGGGGCUGCUGCAGGAACAGUCGGGCAACUCGGUCCUGAUGAAUCUGCUCGUCAGUGGGUGCGAUAAAACCAUUCCCCUGACACCACCGGAAAUACUGAUCGAGAACACGGGCAUCGUAGAGCUUUCGUCCGAUGGCAACACCGCCCGUCCUGACAUGCUGUUCAAUCUUGGCGAUGAGGACGAUAAUGGCGUGCUGUUCAGCUCGACCAAUCCACUGAUCGGUGGACAAGCACCACUGAACGAUGCACUCGCACGUCCACUCACAAUUCAGACGGAGCAGCAGCACGGCACGGCUUCCGGUGCUGAGCGUGGCUGUACCCCGGCCCAAGGACCGAUCGGUGGUACACCCGGAAAGCUGUUCGGUGGUAGUGGCGCUUCAGCAACAGCCCCCAACAGCCAAUUUUCCAUGCUCGUUUCGCCCAGCCUACUGACACCGACCGACCUGGAGAUAUGGCGCGCCAUCCAGCAGGGUCAGCUCGAUCCGAAGAAGAUUCCCUCCGGGUACGGGAGUGGUACGGCCGUCGGGGCAGCAGGACUCAUCCCGAAGUCUCUGUCCAGCACACCGACCGCACAGCUGCUGUCGGCCGCCGACCUGCUCGGGGGCGAUUGUGCCGGCGCUAAUCUGCUCGCCGAACUAGAAAACGAGCUAGUAGGCGGUGGCGCUGCUGGAGGUUUGUCAGAUGUCGGCACGGGAUCGAACAACGGUCGCAACGCAGCCUUUCGCACGAUUGCUGCCACCGAGGAGGAGGGAGCGUUGCUGCAGCAGGGCAUGCUGAUUUGAUUGAUGGAGUCAUUUUAAGCCCCCUUGUUUUACGUAUUUCGUUGUUCACUCUUCACACUUUGGCAUUUCUUUCGUGGGGUUUCUUGUUUUGCAUUCUGAGUUUUUAUUCCGAUUACCAUUAGCCUGAUAAGCCAUUUCAAUCUUUUCGAACGGGUAAUUUUUUCUCUUUUUUUUACUAUUAUUUCCAUAUAACCGGUAGUCGUAGAGAACAAGCACCGAGCAGAGCAGAGCAGUGCAAGAGAGUGGUACAAUCUCGAAAAUGCAUUCAUUCUCCACAGAGACAUGUGGCGAUCGUAGGUUUCAGAAAUUAAAAAGUUUGCACAAUUUUCAGUAAUAUAGUAAUAUUUUAGCAUGGAAUGUGUUGAAAAACUCUUGAAAACAAAAGAGAAAAAAAACAGAUAAAAUCAAACAAACUGGAAAACGAAACAAAUCUACCUUCAAAAAAAGGUAAAAAAUAGCAAACUGAAUUAAGUUUAGCAAGGUUUCAUAGAAGAAGAAGAAGAAAAACAGAGUUAAGAAAAGAGCUUAUCAAAUGAAAUGAGAAAAAAUAGAUACCAAUACAAGGUGCAACAACUGCUAACAGAUCGGUUAGAUAUUCUUCAACAAAAACUAUAACAAUUUUGUGUGUGUGUCUUUUUUUUGUUUGUACGUAAAAGUAUUACAUUGAACAAAUUAGUUCACUUAAAGAUACUUUCACAUAUUUUAUAUCAACAUUUGGUUCCAUUUCCGAUUAUCAUGCAACUUUGCAAGUCUUUAAACACACACACAAACAAGUAAAUACCAGCAACAGUACAAUACAAAUCGAGCACUUGUAAACUUGAAACAAAGCCACAACUAGCAAGUAAGAAGACUACGUAACAGAUAAACUGUGCAGUUUUAUAAUAUCGUCUAAACUAAUCGACAAAACAAACAAUGGCAAAUACAAAUGACAUGCAGUUAAAACUUUCAGCCGACAGACCGACACACUGUUAGCGUAGCGAAAACAGAAAUGUGGAAAAAGGACAGUGAACAAAGAGUACAACUUUAUAUCGGUGUAGUAAUCAGUAACUAAUCAGCUCCACAAGUGUGUGUGUGUGUAUGUAGCGUGUGUGUAGUGUUCCGACGUAAAGAGCAUAAGUCUCCAAUCAAUCCAAUACGGUAUCAAAUUUAACCCCAAAAAAGGGGAAUUCAAAAUUUUACCAAUUUAACUAUUUUCUAGACAGUAAUUUGGCACCGUUUUUGUCUUUUUUUGGGUUUGGUAUAUGUUAUGUUAUGCACAAAACUGUAUGCAACAAUUAUUAUGCACUACACACACCACUGCAAGCUGCAGCUCGUGUGGUUAAGCUAAUUAUGUGUAGAUGUGUAUGUAGAUUCAUAAGAUGGUGGUAGAAAAUUAUAUUUUUCGCUUUAUAGAUGUUUCACGUUAUAUGUUUUCCCUUCUUCUAAUUUCUACGCGGCAAUGUAUGCACGAAAUGUUUGAUUUGAUGAAAUAUUUCUUUACCCAAGCCACUUUGUGGCGGAUUAAAGAACGAUUGAAAUUACCUCUUCACACUGCAACGACCGCGUUUAAAUGAAACUAUUUUUUUGAUAGCCCUUCUAUGUGUAAACAUUACUAUUUAGGAAUAAAGAUGAACAGGUUAAAAA